UUGGGCUAACUACGGUCCAUCAUCCAGCUAGUUUUCUUGUAACUAGCUAGAGCUAGCUGGAAGCUACAAUUUGGUAGUAGCUUUUCUUGGAAAAAAUCUAGCAGAUGGUGUAACUAUAGACUUGCCCUAACACGUUGCUUUUUUGUUUGAAUUACAUUUCAGUAUAUGGUUGCACUUGAUCUAUGGACGUAGAAUCUUGAGAGUUAGCAAUUGAGCAAUUACAUUUACAUCGCGACCAAUAUAAGACUACACCGGCUCUUCUGAGCGGGUAUCAUGGUGGUGCCGGAUAGUGCAGGAGUACUCCAGCCGCAGGCCGACCAUGGCAGCAGCACCAGCGGGCUGAUUAACAACUCUGCGCCGGGACAUGAAGAGGAGGAGCAGGAGCUUGCAGGGGUGGAGCUGGAGGAGGUACGCAAGUUGCAGGAGCUUGUACGAAGACUGGAGGUCCAAAACCAAAGUCUCCGCAACAGGGGUGGCAAAAACAUCAACCAUGGUGGAGCUACAAACAGCAACCACCCUGUAGGCAGCAACAUCAACAAGCGUCUCUCCUGUGAUGAGGUGACAAACUUACCCUUGAGUUUGGUGGACAGAGUUGAGGAACUGAGUAGCCGUGACUUUGAGCUCUCUCCCCCGCAAGACAGUAGCAGCAGCGAGGAUAUGUCUCCUCUACCUCAGACUAACAGGCUAGAGGAGGAUGACGGCGAGGAGGAUGGGAGUGCGUGCGAGGGCUUCCUAACCCUGCCCUGCUGUAAUGGAGGUCUAGGACAGGGACAGAUUCUGGAACAGGGAUGCCUAACCCCAGACAGCCCUUCUCUGGAUAGCUAUGAGUCAGAGACCAUGGCGGAGAGUGACUCAGGAGUGGACCAGUCUGCUCUGGAUGAAGUGGAUGUUCUGGACCUAGAAGAGGAAGGGGUGGAGGUUGAGGAUGAAGACAGCUGGUUAUACGUGUCUCCUAAAAAGCAGAUAGCGGAACCUGGUCCAGAGUCUCCUCUCAAGUGGUGCCGAAAGGUUCUGGAUCACCCCAGCCCAGAAACAGAAGUGGCCUGCAGAACCCUGAUUAACCAUUUGGAUCAGACUUCUAGGUGGAAGAACAUCUACAGUAGUCCGUCGACCUCGGUGGAGGCCGGCUGCGCGUCCUCAGGCUUGCUGUCUCCUGGGUACCAUAAAUCCACUAACAAACCUCUACUAACGUGUGGCAGCUCAGGAUACAUGAGUAUUCAUUCGGCCCUGAGCUCCCAGUCCUCUAUAGACAGUGAGCUAAGCACCUCUGAUGACUCCAUAUCCAUGGGCUACAAGUUGCAGGACCUCACAGACGUCCAGAUCAUGGCCCGUCUGCAGGAAGAAAGCCUGCGCCAGGACUAUGCCUCCAGCUCGGCCUCUGUGUCUCGCCGCAGCUCUUCCGCCUCCCUUCAGUCACUGCGUAGGGGUGGGACCUACAGCGACCAGGAAUUUGACAGCUACAGCCUAGAAGACGAGGAGGAUGCAUGCUGCUCCUUGCCCCAGCGUCGGCCCCGCUAUAGCCCAUCUCCUCUGGGCUCUCCCCGCUGCCUGUCCCCCUCUACACAGGGGCAGGGGGAAUACCACCAGAGCCGGCUUGGGGCCACCAGAACAAGGGCUCCUCGGCGCUCACUACAGGGACCCAGUCCAGAGUUGCUGAAGUUCGCCAAGAGUGAGGAGGAGUUGAGGCACAGCAUGCCUAACCUUGCCCCCCGUACCAGUCUGCGUACCCUGGAGGCAGUCAGGAACAGCCGUAGCAUGGAGGCUAACCUUCAAAGCUCUGGCGGCCGCAUGUCCCGCCUUAACCACUCCUCCCCUUCCUCAGGUAUUAAUUCCAGCAGGCUACACCGCAGUGGCCAGUCCCCUCUCUCCCUCAGGGCCCCAGUCAAGGCCAUAGGCCCUGUGAACUCCAUGACAGGGGUGCGACAGCCCUCCAGGGGCCUGCCCAUGGUGCAGAAUGCUGGCCCUAAUGGAGGAAUGCGGAGGGUGCAGUCUCCAGGCCAAACUAACAGUGGAGCCUACCCAAGUGGAAGAGCCAUGUCUGGGGCAGGUAGGCCGACGACAGCCCGGGGACAAGUUGGAACUACACCAACCCCCGGGGGAAGAGUCUCACAGACACCCAGGUCUUUGGGAAUAUCCAGUCGUGGGCCUAUGCCAGACGAGUCAUGGAAAGAGGGCUGUUACUGAGUACUAAAAGUGAUAACGCACAUCUCAGAUAUUCUUCUGUACCUCACCUAGCCUGAGCAACAAUCACCAAUGUACUGUAACUGGGAUGCCAGAACACUCCCCCGCAGACAGGCUACAACACUGGAACUGUACUGCGCACCCAUCAGUGGCCAGCAGCAGAGUCCUCUCACUGACACAUUGCAAAUUUCCGUACAGAAUUUUUGUUUCCAAAGGAAUUUUGUGUUUUUAAACUAGUUUAUUUCCAGUGUAUUGUGUAUUAUUCUUUCAAUGGGAGAUUGCUGUAAUUUGCCUGUAAGAGUUGUCAUUUUUUGCUGUGGUCUUGUAGUUGUACUUGGAAUUAAGAUAUGGGAUGAAGUGUCUUGUAUCUCUAACUGUGUGACCCUAACAAAUGAUGGUGAUCUGAGUGUCGCAUGGUUCUGUUAUAGUUAAGUCGUUCACCCCUCAUGCAAAUGUACUAAUCGGUUAAAAUGUGAUUAGUAUUUUUGAUCUUCAAGCUACCUGCGUUUAUAUAUUAAUGUUGUAUUGUUUUGCUGACUUAGCAAUGCAAUAUUGUUGGGCCACAUACUUCCCUUACUACAACUACUUUAAAAUAUAAUCCUAGCUGAACCAAUGUUUCUAAAUUCUAAAGUACACUUAAAUGGUGUGUGCAUUUACCAGUUGUUUCUAUGACAAAUUGAUAGGCCAAACUUGAGUCUUGCUUAAGAAUACCACUGUAACAAUAAAGAAAUUGUUCAUGCACAAUGCUAGAAUGAACAUGCUUUUAAUCAGCUAUGCACUCUUAUGUUGAAGAGGUGCCUCUAGAAAUUAGAAGUAAAAUGACAAAUAAAGACUACCAAGAAUGUUA